UUCACACAAGUCAAUCUUCAUCCAUGGCCACUCUCCGAUCCCACCUCCAUUUCUUGGCCUUGAACUCCCCAAAACUCAUUCUUGUUGAUUCUCCAAGAAACUUCUGCUCUCCACUCCAAGAACCUGUUUUCAGCCAAGAAAUUUCAUGGGGUUUUGCGUCCAAGGUUCACCAGCUAUUGCAAAGCAAGUGCUAGUAGUAGUAGCAGCGCUGAGAUUGAGAAGUCCGUUUCGGCGGAGAGUAGAAACCACCUCCAUUUCCCUCUCUGUAUUAGAGGGUGCUUCACACUCAGGUGGGGCAUUCAUCAUUGACUGGUGUGUGUUGAUUCAACAUUCUAUAUAUACACAACCAAGAUUUUGGCACAAAGACAGCAUCAGAAGGUAAUCUGAGUAUUCCUCAAUCUUAGAAAACUCAAGGGAUGUCCAAAGCCAAGAUCCGCAAACAUGGGCUCUCUUUCCUCAACUCUUUCCAAUUUUGUCGUCCCAAGAAUCAUUCUUCGAUGGUUAGAACCCCUUUGCCUGCUCCUACAUUCUCCCCUGUCAACUCUAAACAAUUCGACAUUUCGUUUCCCUACUUCCCUGAUCCUCCACCACCUACACCGUCAAAGGUCACCCCACUUGGCUGUGCAUUUGAAUCAAGAUCAUGCACGGUGAUGGUUCAAGGUACAACACGAAACACACAUUCUACACCAAAAAAAAAGGAAACGAUGUACAACUCACCUGUUUCAUCAAGUGACUUUGAUGAGACAGACUGGCCCAUUGCACCCUCAAGAACCGAGAAGAAGAAGAAGAAAGAUAAAAGCACAAUAAGGAAAUCAAGAGCUAGAACUAACAAUGAGGCUGAGGCUGCGUGCAGCCUGCUUCCGUUUCCUCAUAGCUUCAACUCCACAUCUCUUGCUGAGGAGGAACCCCUCAAUGGGAGCAAGAAAGCAGUGGAGCGGACGAGAUUUAGAGCACGAAGAUUUAAAUGUUACGGUUCAAAGGAAUGGAAAGACGGGGAGAUGGAAGCGCCAGAAACUGAUUCUGGUGAUCAAGAAAAGAAACAUGGGAAAGUGAAGGAGAGUUUUGUUGUGGUGAAGAGGUCCGUGGAUCCAUUUGAAGAUUUCAAGAAGUCCAUGUUGGAAAUGAUUCUUGAGAAACAGAUGUUUGAGCAUAAAGAGUUGGAGCAGCUCCUGAUGAGCUUCCUUUCACUCAACUCAAGAAUGCAUCACAGAGUCAUUGUAGAGGCUUUCACGGAGAUAUUAAAGGAAGUUUUCUGUGGAUGAUGCUGAGGGACUAGUCUUCUGAUCAAUUCAGAUUUUAUCAGUAUCUGGAUUUUCUCUUUUUUAUUUAUUUGAUUUUUUAGGAGCUAGAUAUGAUUCAUACUGCAUUAUGUCUGUAUAAUAUAAAUGUAUUGUGCAUUCUUACAAAACCGGUUAUGAUCAUUCAGAUGUAUACACAAACCUGUUUGCGAUAA